CUUUUAAGGAAUUUGUUCUUUUUUAAGGUCAAAACUAGAAGAGAAGAAGAAGAAGUAACUCAAUCCUCUCCAUAGAGAAAAUAAAAUCCAUGGCUUCUUUGCGAUUCUCGGUCACCUUCCACACCUUCCUCCUCUUCUCUCUGUGGGUCGUGGAGGCACACACGUCAAGAAAGCUGCUAUCAACAAAUGAACAAGAAGUUCAAAACAAUAGCCAUUUGCUCAAAGAUGGUGAAUUCGAGGAUCCAACACUGUACAUGUUUUUCAAAAUCAAUGAUCUUAAAUUAGGAUCCAAAUUGCCCAUUUACUUCAACAAAAACGAUCUUAGAAAAGUUCCUCCACUUCUCACAAGACAAGAAGCUGAUCUCAUUCCUUUCACUAAGUCGAAGCUUGACUUUCUUCUCAAUCACUUCUCUAUCCCCAGAGACUCUCCUCAAGCGAAAGCCAUGAAGGAGACUUUGGUACGUUGUAACUACAAGGCAAUUGAAGGUGAGUACAAGUUUUGUGGGACUUCUUUAGAGUCAAUGCUUGAUCUUGUGAAGAAAACAAUAGCAUCUAAUGCGGAUCUCAGGGUCAUGACGACUAAAAUAAUGGUACCGGCUCAACACACAAUAAACUAUGCUUUGCAUAACUAUACAUUCUCCGAGGCUCCUAAGGAGCUUAUUGGGAUCAAGAUGUUGGGGUGUCAUAGAAUGCCAUACCCCUACGUCGUUUACUACUGCCAUGGUCAUAAAAUUGGAACCAAAGUCUUUGAAGUUAACUUGGUGACGGACGAUGGGAAACAUCGGGUUGUGGGACCUGCUGUUUGCCACAUGAACACGUCUAUGUGGAACGUUGAUCAUGAAGCUUUUAAGGUGUUGAAAAUAGAGCCAAGGUCCGCACCAGUUUGCCACUUCUUCCCUCUUGAUAACAUUGUGUGGGUAGCAAAGUAGGAAAAUAACGUAGCUCUAUGAGAUGUGAGUAUGUGUAUUCUAAUAACUAUGGCUUG